UUUUCUCCUCGGAAGCUUUCUUCAUCUCUAUUUAACCAUUUACGAAGGUUGCAGCAUCUUGUUCUGAUCAAUCUUGAAAGAACAACAGAGAGAGAUGGGAGAGAAUUCAAUGGAAGGGGAGGAGGCUUUGAUAUUACAAGGUCAAGCUGAUAUAUGGAAGCACAUGUUCAGCUUCGUAGAUUCCAUGGCCCUGAAAUCCGCCGUGGAGCUCCGCAUUCCUGACAUAAUACACCGCCACGGCGGACCGAUCACCCUGUUUCAGAUCAUCGCCUCUCUGUCCGACGCUCCAUCUCCAGACACCGCCUACCUCGCCCGCAUCAUGAGGCUCCUCGUCCGCCGCAACAUCUUCUCCGCCCAUCGCCCAUCCCACGGGGGAGACACCCUCUACGGCCUCACUCACUCUUCCCGGUGGCUCCUGCGUGACUCCGCCGUGAACCUAGCACCCAUGAUUGUCAUGGAGAACCACCCAACCCUUGUGGCUCCGUGGCACUAUCUCAGCCAGUGCGUGAGAGAAGGAGGCGUGGCGUUCAAAAAGGCUCACGGCCGUGAGAUAUGGGAGCUGGCGGCGGAGAGUGCAGAAUUCAACGAGCUGUUCAAUGAAGGGAUGAAGUGUACGGGUAAGAUGGCGAUGAUGGCGAUCGUAUCGGCGUACAAGGAAGGGUUCGAGAGCAUCGGGUCGCUGGUGGAUGUGGGAGGCGGCACCGGAGGAACGGUGUCGGAGAUAGUGAAAGCAUAUCCCCACAUAAAAGGCAUCAACUUUGAUCUGCCUCAUGUGGUGGCCACCGCACCUGAAUACAACGGAGUCACCCACGUCGGAGGAGACAUGUUCCACUCCAUCCCUCCUGCCGAUGCUGUUUUCAUGAAGUGGCUACUGCAUGAUUGGAGCGACGAAGAUUGCAUAAAGAUACUGAAGAACUGCAAGAAAUCAAUAGCAGAAGAAAAAGGGAAGGUGAUAAUAGCAGAGUUUGUGGUGAAGGCAGAGGGUGAAGGCUUGUUCGAUGACAUAGGGUUACUCUUCGACUUGUUGAUGAUAGCACAUUCCUCAGGCGGCAAAGAGAGGACUGAAUCUGAGUGGAAGAAUCUGCUUCACCAAGCUGGCUUCCCUCGCUGUCACAUCAUCAACACACCCUCUCUUUUAUCCAUCAUCCAAGCUUACCCUAUUUGAUUAACCCUAUUUCCCAAGGCAUCCAAUGCUCCUCUCUUGUCCCGUCCUGUAUUUUUUUCCCCCAUCUUAAAGCUACUCAUAUAUAUCAUAAAGUUCUUUGUAAAAGUCUGAUUCUUCAAUAAUUGAUUUUAUCAUCAGGCCCA